AUGGCAACGGAAACAUUGGACCCCGCGCAAUCUUUCAUGGCGGAGAUAACUGACCGGUUUAAACCGUUGCAUGACAUAACUGCUCGUGGAACUUCCAGCGUGCAGCAGUUUUACUGCGGAGCUACCGUAUUCCUGACUGGAGGAUCAGGAUUUCUGGGAAAGCAGCUCAUUGAAAAACUUUUAAGAGCGACGAAAGUAUCUAAAAUUUACGUCUUACUUAGAUGCAAGAAGGGAAAAUCUGUACAGCAGAGGUUGCUUGAAAUGUUAACAGAUCCUCUGUAUGACACGCUUCGAGAACAGCAGCCAGGAUUUGUUGACAAAAUAGUAGCCAUGGCAGGAGACGUGUCGGAACUAAAGCUUGGCAUGUCAUUCGUUUACGUAUCUACAGCUUAUACACAUGCUAGUGCGGAUCGCGUUGAUGAUACAGUUCAGGAAAAGUUCUAUCCUAGUCCUCUAAGUCCAGAAACCAUGGUCGGCAUAGCUGAAACUAUGGAAGACGAAAUAAUAAACGACAUAACAACAAGUAGUGGCCACUAUGAGAGAACCAACGCCAGGUUGGUUAGACAUAUCCUGUUUAUAUGGCGCCAGUGGAAUACAUUAGAACAUGUUCUAGGCAAUGAAGCCAUAAAGUAUGUAACGCCAAAGGCAGUAGGAUAUGGGUUUGUUUGGUAUACGUACAAUCGUCUACUGUUUUGGCUCUACACCUGGCUUCUGCAUCUAAUUCCCGCUUAUAUUAUCGAUGUAAUUGCUGUUACUUUUGGAUACAAAAUGAGGUAA